CUUGUUCCUCUUCAUUAAGGAAACCAAAACACACCUUCUUAUACUUCCCAUCAACAUCUCCCUUCACUUAUAGCAUGAGGGAGAAAAAAAAAUCAAAACCACCCAAAAAAGAAAAAAGGUAAGAAUUUUGUGAAGAACAACAAAUGAGGAGCAUUACUACAACAAAAGGAGAAGCAUCAUCGUCAAGAAAAAGCUCUAAAGGGCAAAAUGAGACAACAAAAAAGACAAGAAUUAUAAGAAUCAUAGGAAGAUGUUUGUUGAGUGUAAUAUUUCUUGUUGGUCUUGCAAUGGUCAUAUGUUGGCUUGUCGUGUUCCCCAAAAAUCCUCGUUUCGUUGUGGAAACUGGCAAAGUAAUAGCCCAUAAUUCAACUCAUAAUAUGCUCAAUGCCACCAUAGCUUUCACUGUUAAAUGCUACAACCCCAACAAAAGAGCCUCCAUUUAUUUGCACUCUAUGAGGAUGAUAAUUACUAGUAUGGGCCAGGCAUUUUCGUCCGCCAUGCCGAUGUUUAUGCAGACUCCUGGAAACCAAACCGUCUUGUCCCCUGCUGUCGAUGUCAACUUCGACUACCCAUUUGGGCACCGGGAAGAGAUAAAUCCCGAGCUUCACUUCUCUGCUGAAAUCAGCUAUAGUGUCGGGCACUGGACGUCGAGACCUCGGUUGCUCCAGAUCUAUUGUAAUAAUCUCUUGCUGAGGAUCAAUGAUACUAGAACUUUUGAAAAUACCAAAUGCAAUGUGGAUCUUUGAGAUCUGAUAUAUUUGUUUAUGUUAUUCUUGUUGAAUAAUCCAACAGAUUUGUAACCUCAAAA